GGGGGUGGGGGUGGCAGCAAAGGUAGGAGAGAGCUGCAGAUAGGGGCUAGCAGAAAGCCUGCCACACUGUAGUGUGCCAGUUCUCAUCCCUAAAAGGGGCCGGGAGGCAGGAAGACAGGCAAACAAGGGAGCUAGAUUGCAUUGAGGUGGGUGGGUCAUCUCUGUAGUGCAGCCCGAGUUCCAGGUUCCCUACUUUGUGACAGAGGUUCAUCGUGGAAAGCAUGGCUGCACUCAUCACUUGGGCCCUCGCCCUCCUCUCAGUGUUUGCAAGCACACAGGCACGGAAGAGCUUCUGGGACUACUUCAGCCAGAACAGUUGGAACAAAGGCAUGAUGGGCCAGCCGCAGAAGCUGGCACAGGAGAACCUGAAAGGCAGCUUCGAGCAAGACCUCUACAAUAUGAACAAUUUUCUAGAAAAGCUGGGACCCUUGAGAGGGCCUGGGAAGGAGCCUCCUCUGCUGGCCCAGGAUCCAGAAGGCAUCCGGAAACAGCUGCAGCAGGAGCUGGGGGAAGUGAGCGCGCGCCUGGAGCCCUUCAUGGCUGCGAAGCACCAGCAGGUAGGCUGGAACUUGGAGGGCCUGAGGCAGCAGUUGAAACCCUACACAGCAGAGCUGAUGGAGCAGGUGGGCCUGAGUGUGCAGGAGCUGCAAGAGCAGCUGCGAGUGGUGGGAGAAGACACCAAGGCUCAACUCCUGGGGGGUGUGGACGAGGCGCUGAACCUGCUGCAGGACAUGCAGAGUCGAGUGCUGCACCAUACAGAUCGGGUCAAAGAGCUUUUCCACCCUUACGCAGAGCGCUUGGUGACCGGAAUUGGGCACCACGUGCAGGAGCUGCACCGGAGUGUCGCUCCUCAUGCAAUUGCCAGCCCCGCGCGACUCAGUCGCUGCGUGCAGACCCUGUCUAACAAACUCACACUUAAGGCAAAGGACCUGCACACCAGCAUCCAACGCAACCUGGACCAGCUGCGCGACGAGCUCAGCGCCUUCAUCCGUGUCAGCACAGAUGGGGCAGAAGACGGAGACUCCCUGGACCCUCAGGCUCUCUCGGAGGAGGUCCGCCAGAGACUGCAGGCUUUUCGACAUGACACCUACCUGCAGAUUGCUGCAUUUACUCAGGCCAUUGACCAGGAGACAGAGGAAAUCCAGCACCAGCUAGCACCACCCCCGCCUAGCCACAGUGCCUUUGCUCCUGAGUUGGGACACUCAGACAGUAAUAAGGCCCUGAGCAGACUGCAGAGCCGACUGGACGACCUGUGGGAAGACAUCGCCUAUGGCCUUCAUGACCAGGGCCAUAGUCAUCUGAGUGACCCUGAGGGUCAUUCGGGUUAACCCUCCAGCUCAUUGUCUGGACCCUGAGCCGCUAGCAUGGCCUAUUAGGCAGAGGGUGGAGGGUCCUGCACACUAUAGGUGGGGCCACUAAAGGUGCUGCUGUCCCAAUCUACCCAGCCUCCUCAACUCCCCCACUCAGGGAGGGGCAUUACACACAGUAGGUUUGCUAACCCAGCUUCUGGUGCUCAUUUGGGACUCCUAAGUAGCAAGAGUGGGGUGCCGGGAGUGGGGAGAUGGUGUGUGGGGGAGACUGACCGCAAGCCAGUGCUUGACCGUGCUGGAGACCUGUGCCACCACAACCUGGAGUCGGGCUCCCCUGACUUCUCGCAGCCUGGUGCUCGCUGUUAUAGUUGGUCCACGGAGAGGAACUCCUGUCUCCCCAGGGUUGUCAGGAGAGCUUUUGAAGGAAGGGAGCGGGGGGAGAGCAUGAUGCAGAGAGCAUGUGAUGGAGUGUGUACAUCCCUGCCAGUGGUCCUGCUGGUGGGUCAGUGACGGGGUGGGGCAGAGCCCCUAUUUCCGUAGAGAACUCUGAACCGAGACAUCCACGCGGUGGGGGAGGGCUUCUAAAAAAAUCCUGUACAGAGCAAACCGUGUGCCUUCCUCAUCAUACAGUCCCUACCUCCUGACUCUCGGGGUGGAACUGACUUUUGGUUGGAAUGAAAUAGAUGCUCAUGAUGGAA